CCGGGGGCGGCGGGGCGGUAGUGGCGGUGCCGCUUCUGUACCGGGGCGGCGGGAGCGGCGAUGCGGCUGCUCGGCGCCUUCCUGCGGUUGCUGGUGGCCGGGACGCUGGGGGCACCGCCCGCCCCGGCCCCGGAGGAACGGGGGACCGCCAGCACGGAGUCGCCCGUCCUGACUUUUCGGGAGAUCUGGAAUCGUAGUUUCUGCCGGCCUCUGGAGCAGCUGGUGGACGUCGUUACCGAAUUCCCCAACGAGGUGGAGUACAUUUUCAGACCCUCCUGCGUCUCCCUGCAGCGCUGCGGAGGCUGUUGUGGGGACGAGGGUCUCCGCUGCGUCCCCGUGGAGACGAGCACGGUCACCAUGCAGCUCCUGAAGAUAAAGCCAAACGGGGAGGCACCCUAUGUGGAGAUGGCGUUCACCGAGCACAAGCAGUGCGAGUGCAGGCCUCGGCAGGAUCUGAUGAGGUUGGGAAGGAAGAGGUCCAAGGGCCGAGGUAAGAGAAGACAAGACAAGAAGGGACGGAAAGACUGUGAACUAUGUGGCACACCACGCAGGUAGCCUCUGCCCUGCCCCCAGCCUGGCUCCCACCACCUGGGCUUGAGCCAGCUGCCCUUGUCCCCCUUGGGGGACUUGUGGAGUCGUGUCCCUCCAAGCUGCAGUGGGGAGCAGGACUCCAGCACAGAAGAGCUGACUGCACCCGUGGUUGGCCCUGGUGGGAACACGGCCUGGAACCAAGGACUCCCUUGCCCCUUCUGCCCCACUGGCAGCAAGAAAAAAGGACUCUUGACCAAGCCUGAGGCUGAAGAUGAGGAGCUCAAGCCAGUGUGUUGGUGUUUGAGGGCAUUCUAGGGGCAAUGAGGAGCCGAGCUGGUGGAUGUGUUGCUGGAACUGGCUGGGGAGGACAGCAUGAUGUGGGAGUGAGUGGAGAUGGCUCACAGGGCUGCACCUGCAAAACUUCUCUGUCCUGCCAGUGCUCUGCAGCUGGGGAGGAAGGAAAUCUGGGGCAGGCAAGGCUGUAGGGCUGCAUCUGUCCCAGUUUUGGCACAGGGCAGCCCAGGCAGGUGCCAGGGAGCUUGCCUGGGAAGCUGUUCUGGUUGGGAACAGAAGGGAACUGGGCUCCUCUUGUAUUCACAUCUACAUCCCAGCUUUGCCCUGCUCAAUAAAAGCUGGUCAGACAUGGGAGCUGGCAGCUCCUGUCAGCUUUCCAGCAAGGCAAGGAACUUCCCCAUGGGCACCCACUCAGGCUGGAGGAGGGCAGUGAGCCAGGGUUUGUCCAAUCCUGCUGCAGCAAGGAACUGCCCUUGGUGUGAUGCUGGAGAUGGGAAACCAGCAGGUUGCUCCCUGGGCUGGGGACUAUCCGUGUGCUGGAGUUCAGCUGGCUACUGAGAGACCCUUGGAUGAGCUGCCCUUCUCCUCCACAGCACAGUGUGGGACUGGUACCUCUCCCUAUUCCCCAUGCCCAUGCUGUUCUCACCGCAGUCCAAAUGUCUGUCUCAGUGCCCUGUCCUCCCUGGCAGGGCUAAUGCCAAGUUUAGGGCACUGGGGGCAGGAAGUACCCCAACCAGGGGUCAUUUACCUGACAUGGGGCCCCCUUUCCUUACCGGGAACACCCUCAGGGUAUUGAGGAGCUGGUGGCUCUCAUUGAGGCGGCUGUGGGGACUGCUGUUUGCUGCUUUCACCAUCCAGCCAGCUCUCUGCCCAGGUCUGGGAGAAACCACAGCCCCUGGUUUUCCAUGCUUUAAGCAGUUCUCCUGUGGCUCUUCCUGUCCCCAUUUCCACCCCUGCUGCAGGGGGUCUGGAGCUGUCUGCCAAAUGUAUGCCAUGCUGAUCUGUGCAAUCCAUGUCCUGGAGCAGUGCAUAUAGCUGGAAACCCUAGGGGUGAGUUGGAAUCUGCAUAUUUGUGUGGCACUCCUGGCACUGGGUUAAAACAAAAUCAAGGGUCAUUCUUGAAAACUUCAGAUAAAAGACUGGAGGGAAAGAUCUGCAAAGGCUUCAAGGUUACCCUUAAAUGAUGGGACCUGUGGUUUAUCUCACUCUGAGGAACAAGGGUGGAGCCUAAUGUAGCAAGAAUUGUGGUCCAAGGUGGCUCCUUCCCACAUCUGACAGGGCUGCCUGUAACGGGGUUUUACAUUAUGACUCUCUAAGCCAUAAUGCUGAUCCUGCCUAAAGCUGGCGCAAGGAUGUGGGGACAGGACAGAUCCCUGCCAGGGAGAGCUGGAGGUGGGUGUUGAGGUGAUGUGGACCUGCAUACUGCCACCAUGUCGCAGGGAAUGGAUUGUGUGAGUUGUAACUGCACAGCUGGGCAUAUCCUUUUGGAUCCCGUUUCCAGGCUUACACAGUAUCCUGGAGCACCGCCUACACGGGCUUUGCCACAGAAACAGGCCAUGAAGUUCCUCCUUCACUACCUCAUGGAUGAGGGGAACUCGCUGCUCCCCGUCCCGUCCCACUCAAAGUCUGUAUGGACCAUGUGGUGGCCUGGUCCACACAGGCUUUCCCUAUCACUGUGUGUCAUUUCUGCCUGGCUGGUUUUUGCUCUGAGGCCAAGGAGAGCCAUGUGCAGCACUUGAGGAUGUAUGUGAUGGUUUCUGUAUUGUUUUUAAUACCCCAGUAGUAUUAAAUAUUUAAAAAAGGAAGUUACAUAAAUCCAAGUAUGUUAAUUAAUAAAAAUAAGUUUAUCGAUGUAACACGA